UGUCAACACAAGCUUUUAAUUUAAAUAGCUUGUGUUUAUAAUAAAAAUUUCAUUAAAUUAAUGUAAAAUAUAUGUAUAUAAAGAGAGCAGAUCCUGUGGGAUGACUUUUGAGAAAUCUUACAUAGACAGCAAUUUUCCUCUCGUUUUGAAGGUCAAGUGUGCCAAGUUUCAUUAAAAUCAGAAUAAAACUGUAGAUCUAUGUGAAAGACAAAUGUACAGUCACUCUUUGUUUUCAUAGAUGAAGAAUUUUAUCAUUUUCCCAAACUUUAUAGUAAUUAUUAAUCUAAAGUAAAUAUAAACAUCACAAGGAAUAAUAAUUUUGCAAAAAAUUCAUUUUAACAUACAUUUAUUCCUUUACACACCUGUGAGCAUUCUUUAAAGAAUUGAAUGUGCAUUUUAAAUUUCAAAGUACAUUGCUGGAUGUUACAUUUUAAUUGCUGGAAAUUAAUUCAUGUACAUUUAUGUGCAGGUUUAGGUUUGAGUAUACUUUGUCUCUCAUCAGCGAAACACAACUAAAAAUGGAUGUUGUAAUUACAAAUACAGGUGAUUCAUCAUUUUCUUUCACAUUCCUCUUGCAUACUUAUUUCUCUGUUCCAGAUGUGACAUUAUGUAAAGUCACUGGUUUAAAAGAUUGCACUUACAUAGACAAGGUCAGAAAUGGUAAAGAAUUUAUUGAAGAUCGAGAAGAAGUCACAGUUUCUGAAUUCACCGAUCGAAUUUAUAAAAAUACUUCUGUGGUGCACAAAAUAAAGAAUCUGUCUGGUGAUCGUGAAGGAAGUAUUGAAAAAUUUAAUCUUCCUGAUACAGUCAUUUGGAAUCCUUGGAUAGAAAAUGCAAAAUCUAUGACAGAUUUUGACGAUGAUGAAUGGAAGAAUAUGAUUUGUGUUGAAGCAGGUUAUGUUAGUUCUUCUGUUGCAUUGCAAUCCUCAAAAUCUUUUCUUGCAUCUCAGAUUUUAAGCGUGCAUUGAACUGGACAUAUUCUUUAUUGUCGCUAAAUAUGUCUGUAUCAAAAAAAUAUCACUUCAUUAUAUAUGUAUAUACUUAUUAAUCUAUUUUUAUAUUUUUAUGCUGUUGUUAAUUCCUUAAUUAUAUCACUGUUGAAAGAAAAAAUAUUUUUGGAAAUAAAUUUGUGUUCGCUUUUAUUUCAACAUUAUUUCAUUAUUAUAGCAUUGAAACUGUUACAUUGUUCAAAAAUAAAUUUUAAAAAUGG